UCUGCCGGAAACGCCGCCCUCUUGUCACACAGGGGACUUGACGGUUAAACAGAUCACAGACGUGGAGUUAGACAGUGCGAACAGAUAACAGCAUCAACAACCCGUAAUGAAAGAUGGUAUGGAUUACCAUUGUGACUUGUGGACUUAUUUUUCUCUGACACCGGAAUUACGGAGAUGCAUUUUGUUCUAAAAAUGACGGUAUGACAUGUUUUUACUUCAGUGAAGAAACCAAAGCUCGUUCAUCGAUCGCCUAAAGAGGCAACGUCAGAUUAGCUAGGAACGUGAUUUGAUCUGUUAGAGACAGACCCACCAAAAUGCCUGUAAACAUGUCACCAAUACCCGUCCUGCCGCUGGUGAUCAACUGUUUCAUGUCUGCUCUUGGCUGCUUGGCCACGAUAAAACUCAUUCCUGCCUUCAAAGACCAUUUCAUCUCAGCCAGAUUGUACGGAGUGGACCUAAACAAAACAUCCAAAAAGGAAGUCCCAGAGUCUCAAGGAGUCAUCAGCGGGACAGUCUUCCUCAUCAUCCUCUUCUGCUUCAUCCCAGUGCCUUUCCUUAGCUGCUUUGUGGGAGAUCAGUGCAUGGGCUUUCCACACGAUGAGUUUGUACAGCUCAUUGGUGCACUUCUGGCCAUCUGCUGCAUGAUCUUCCUGGGCUUUGCUGAUGAUGUGCUGAACCUGCGGUGGAGACACAAACUCCUGCUCCCCACAAUGGCUUCCCUGCCGCUCCUCAUGGUCUACUUUACCAACUUUGGCAACACAGUUAUUGUGGUUCCUAAGCCCUUCAGAGCCUUGCUUGGACUGCACUUGGACCUGGGUAUUCUCUACUAUGUCUACAUGGGAAUGCUUGCAGUAUUCUGCACAAAUGCCAUCAAUAUCCUAGCAGGCAUCAACGGCAUUGAGUCAGGUCAAGCCCUGUUUAUCUCCGGCUCCAUCAUCAUCUUCAACCUGCUGGAGCUCAGUGGAGAUUACCGCGACGACCAUGUUUUCUCCCUCUACUUCAUGAUACCAUUCUUCUUCACCACAUUAGCACUUUUUUACCACAACUGGUACCCCUCGUCUGUCUUUGUGGGAGACACGUUCUGCUACUUUGCCGGGAUGACCUUUGCAGUAGUUGGCAUACUGGGACACUUCAGUAAAACAAUGCUGCUGUUUUUCAUUCCUCAAGUGGUCAACUUUAUCUACUCUUUGCCUCAGCUUUUUCACAUCAUCCCCUGUCCCAGACACAGGCUCCCCAGACUGAAUCCAGACACAGGCAAACUGGGGAUGAGCUACUCUAAAUUCAAAAGAAAGGACCUUUCUAACUUAGGACACCUCAUUCUGAAGGUGGCAGAGUUAUUGAAGCUGCUCGAGGUGCGGAGAGGCCAGGAGGGAGAUGAUGAUUUUAUUGAGUGCAACAACAUGACCUUAAUAAAUCUGGUUCUGAAAUUACUCGGUCCCACCCACGAGAGAAACCUCACAGUCAUCAUGCUCAUCAUUCAGGUGAUGGGCAGUGCAGUAGCUUUUGGGAUCCGUUAUCACCUGGUACGUCUCUUCUACGACGUCUAGACAGCUCUCUGGGAAACAGGGGAGAAUGCUGACUGAGAAAAUAUGAUAUUGUUGUGGAAGGCUUCAUCUGCCUUUUAAUAGAUCCCGUUACCUCACUGUUACUUUUCUGCCUCAAACUCUACCUGCAGUAAAGACUCAGUGCAAGGUUUAAAGCUAUAUUUCACUUGGGUAGAACAUUUUCACACAUAGGCAUAAACGACUAAAGGUCUUACAUCAACAGCACUGUCUGUCAUCCUCCAUUGGGUUUCAGUAACCACAAGUGGGAAAAUGUGACUGGAUCUGAACUAUCUUGUGUGUGUCUAUUUUUGUACUGGGUUUUGUAAAGAAAAGUACAAGUGAGGAUGACUUUUGAUGGAGAAGUGCUCUACACAGAUAAAAUAUAGUCACAUAGUGGUCAAUUGCUUGUAUCUGCUGUUGAAGAAAAAAUGGCAGAGGGAAAAUUUACUCACUCAUACUUAAUUUUGCAUGAUUAUUAAACCAUGCAACAUGGGUGGAAUUUUUUUUUUGGUUUGGUUUGGUUUUUUUUUUUUUUUUUUCUCAUUAUUUGUUUUUACCUCUGAAAAAACGCACACAGGAUGGUGAUUGUGAAGAAAAGCAGUAAAAAGAUAAGCAAGUCAUUAAUAGUCUGAAGAUUGUCAUUGUCAAUUAGGUGAAGGCAGGUAAGCAGAGUGGAUAUUAGAUGGUAUGAAAUGAGAUUAUAGUGUCUGGGUUGUUACUUAAGGUCUAUGGAAGGUGAAGGGUGUCCUGACAACAAAAAUGAACAACUGAUUGUAUACCUUUCUUGGUAUUAUUGGAUACAUUGCUGUAUUUUUAUGACUGAAAAGCAUUUUUCCCUCAAAGGUUCAGCAAACAUCAAUGUGAAGUCAACUGGCACUGGACUAUUUUGUUUAGGAAUAUAACUACAUGUAAGAAAUUGUUUACUGUUGAGAUGGAAGGCUCAAAUUCAGAAAUAAAAGCUGAGAAAAUUAA